CGCAAGCACUUGUUGCCGUCUGAAGCAAGCUUGCAGGGCAGCUUGGGAAGCGCAACACACGCGUAAGCUGUGAGCAGAAGAACAUCAGAUUGCUCAUUUGAGAGAGAAUAGACGACAACGCCAAUCAGCUUGCAUUGUUCCCACUUUCAACAGAAUCGAUCGACCUGCUAGCCUUGAUCACGACAAAAUCCGUUCUCAUUUGUUACGACCAAGCAUUCGACAUUCCAACACAUUAUCCGGCACCCACGGAACUCUCAAAUACGCAGGGUCUCUCACUGAAGGCCCCAAUCGUCCACAAGCGUGUGAAUUGCACACUCUCCCUCUCCUUUUGUCAACCAAAACGCACACGCUGCGAGUUGCGUCAGCGAGACAGCAAUAGGUUCUGUUCACCGACACCGACGCCUCUGCCCACUCGUUUGCGAAGCUAUUUUUCUUGCAAAAACUUUCAAAGCAUCUUCACUGGGUCGGGAAAAAACCUCUUAGAAGAGCUCCGGAUCAUGGCCGCUCCUGUACCAAAAUCUGUACCCUUGACGUGCUCGGGCCACACCAGGCCGGUCGUGCAUCUGGAAUUUUCGGACCUUCAAGAUGACGGCACAUACACAAUGCUUUCGAGCUGCAAAGACGGCAACCCAAUGCUACGAGACUGGCUAGGAGAUUGGAUUGGAACUUUUCUAGGUCACAAGGGUGCAGUCUGGAGUGGAAGGCUGUCGGGUGGCGAUGCUUCGAAGGCUGUAACAGGAAGUGCGGACUUCUCAGCCAAAGUCUGGGACACCUACUCUGGCCAGUGCCUCCACACCUUCUCCCACAACCACAUUGUCCGGGCCACAGCAAUCGAUUCACCAGGCCAGCGGAUCAUCACGGGCGGGCACGAAAAGAAGCUGCGUUUGUUCGACUUGGGCAACCCCGAAGCCGAGGCGCAAGAGUUCAGAGCAAGCGGCGGGUCUCUUGCGCACGAGGGAACUAUCAAGAGUGUGGUCUGGGGGCGAGGGCCUCAAGAAAAUACGAUCAUCAGUGCGGGCGAAGAUAAAGUCAUGAGGUGGUGGGAUCUGCGAACACUAGGCAUUACUCACGAGCUCAAGUUCAGCGAACCCAUCACAUCCAUGGAGCGCAACAUUGGCGCCCUCGGGGAGCUUCUCUCCGUUACCUCCGGCAAAGAUGUCCUCUUCUUGAACGCAGCAGAUGGAUCUGUCCGCAGGAAGCACACCCUACCCCAGGCGCCAUCCUCUGCAUCGCUCCAUCCCAUUCGUGCGGAUCGCUUCGUGACUGGAACCGUUGGGGACGGCUGGGUGCGCAUCUACGAUGCCGAGAGCGGAGAGCAGAGGGAGCUCCACAAAGGACAUCAUGGACCUGCGCACUGCGUCAGCUAUUCGCCUGAUGGCCAGCUGGCAGCGAGCGGGAGUGAAGAUGGCACCAUCCGACUGUGGCAAACGUUUCCCGGCUCGCCGUACGGUUUGUGGACAUCUUAAGGUCCGCACCUGGCGUCCAGCUGAAGGACUAGAAAAUCAGCGAUUUUGUGGACACGAGCUCUUGGUUUCUCUCAGGAGCGCCAGCAUGCAAUGUCAUCGUUCAUUGCCAGCGAAAAGUUCGACGUCCUGCUUGUGUGGUGCCUGUCUAUGUAAAAAUCAAGAAUGCUGCGCAAGGCGAACGUUGCCGGUUACUUCAUAUCGC